GUGCCUCCCUUUGAAAUUGCAAAUCUUGGCUCACGAACGCAGACCUGACUGGCGGGAAGAACAGAAAGGGAAAAGCCAGUCGGCUGCAGAUGAGCUAUAGGAUUCAACAAUGGGCAACUAUCGUGUAAGCAGAACGGGGAUUGAAAAUCGAGAUGAGCCCUCCUAGCAGAUUCAAACGGAAAAACGGGAAAUAUAUUAUAACACUACAAGCCGUCGGCAUACCAAGAACACUCACUCUCGUCAAAGCCCAUUGCUUUCAUAUAUUUAGUCCUUGUUCCGCUGUCUUCAAUUGCAAAACCUUCCACGUCCCUACUAGCACCCUGCCGCAAUAUGCCUUCCUACGUCAUCACCGGAGCUUCCAGGGGACUCGGGUACGAGUUCAUUCGCCAGUAUUCCAGCGACCCGAACGACACCCUCAUCGGACUCGUCCGUAAUAAGUCUGCGACCUUGCAGCGAGUGUCAGAGCACCCGGACCUUAAGGAGCGCAGAAACAUCCACAUUUUGCAAGCCGACGUGACCGACUACAAUGCUCUACAGGCUGCAGCCGCCGAGACGGCCAAGAUCACCGGUGGGAGUCUUGACUACCUCAUCGCUAACGCUGCUCUCGUACCUCUCUUUGAUUCCUUUGACCCCAUCGGGACCCUGAGUGACCAGCCCGAGAUGGUCACGAAGACCCUGAGAAAGCUGUUCGAGGUCAACGUUAUUGGCAACAUCCACCUCUUCAAGCUGUUCAUGCCUCUCAUCCUCAAAGGCCAGGCGAAGAAAGUCGUCGCCAUUUCCACCGGCCUCGCCGACACGGUAUUCACCAACAACUACGACCUGACGACCGGCUCGCUGUACUCGACGAGCAAGGCGGCCCUGAACAUGGUCGUUGCCAAGUACAGCGCUCAGUACAAGAAGGAUGGCGUUCUCUUCCUGGCGCUUUCCCCAGGGGUGGUCGACACGGGCCGCUAUGACGACCUGACCGCAGAACAAAUGGAAGGAUUGGGGGGCAUGAUGGCCAAGUUCGUCGACUAUGCACCUCACUUCAAGGGACCUAUUACCCCAGAGCAGUCUGCCAUUGCCGUGAAGUCAGUGAUCGCAAACGCCAGUAUUGAGAAGGGCAAUGGCGGUGACUUCCUUUCCCACCUCGGCAACAAGCAGUGGCUCUGA